AUGGCCCGCCAUAGCGAGAGGUGGUCAGAGCAGCCCUGCCAGCAGAUCAGCCAUUUGUCUCAAUCAAAUAUCACCACUUUCCCUGGAGAUGUGGCUUAUCAAUGCCUUCUCUCAAUCCCAUUCCAAGCCCAACGAUCGAUUGCCUUCAUUGAGGAUCUUCGAAAAUACAUGCAAUGGCAGUCCACGAUUGAUACGCUUAAGAAUCCUCCUACUGCUUACCUGUCACUAUCGCCGGCGACCGACAUCCUCGGUGGCUUAGACGACCUGUUAGAGAAGGCCGCCCACACCCACUUCACCAGCCAAUUCGAAUUUGAUACUGCGGUCACCAAUCUGCUUAAAACCGCUGAAGAUGGACACCUAUACAUGAUCCCGUGUAGUGCGGGUAUCUUUGAAUUCUCGAUUGAUUUCCCUAUUGUCUCAAUUUCAUCUGAUGGUCUAGAGCUUCCAAAGAUCUAUGGAAUGAGCGAUUCUGCACUUCUGUCAACUCACCGAGAUAGUGUGUCGGACAUAGUCUCCAUAAAUGGACAGCCUGCCGAGGAGUUCUUUAUCCAAUACGGGCUGAAAAUCGGCGGGUUCCAAGACCCUGAUGCACGGUGGAACAAUAUCUUCAACUCGAAUGUGCGAGGUGGUGGGUAUUACAGCGCUGGCAGUUGGGAGAGCCCUGGUGUAUGGCCAGGUGCCUGGGAAUUCAAGCUGCGUUUUGCCAACGGCACUGUUCACUACGUCCAGACAGUGGUCAAGGGCGGUUCUUCUUUUAACUUUACAAACGGGCAGGCUCUUUACCAGAAGGAAUGCAUCGACCCGUUGAUUCAGGAAGCCCACUCGACCUUACCUGUUAGGUCGUCUACUUUGACUCCAUACACUUCUUAUCCUUCCUCGUGGACUCCUACUCCGACUGCUUUGGCGUCUUCCAGCCUAUCCCACUCUGGGCCGACUUCUGUCAGCCCAACGAGCUCGGCGUCAGCCUCCCAGGUAUACCCGCAGCCUGUCGUUUCUAAUACUGCCGGCGGAGUCAAUGGGUACUAUCUGCACGAUAAGGAUCUACGGAAUGUGGCUAUCCUCUCGGUCAUUGAUUUUGAGACCUUCGGAGAUCCUGCCAGGUCUAUCAUCCAAUUUCUGCAAGACGCUAAGAGCGCCGCCAAAGAGAAGAUCAUCAUUGAUCUGUCGAGCAACUCGGGUGGCACUAUCACUAGCGCACUUGAUAUGUUCAAGAUCUUCUUCCCUGACAAACCUGCAUACUCGGCAACUCGCUUCCGCGCCCAUGAGGCGAUUGACCUUAUUGGCCAGGCCCUUGGAGCCAUCAACCACAAUAAUACACAUGGCUUCUCAUAUUAUCAUUUCGAGCAGUUCAUGCCUUCCGGAUAUGUCACCCCGAACCAAAAAGAGAAUUUUUCCUCCUGGAAACAGGUGUUUGGCCCGGUUUAUGAGCUUGGCACCAAUAUGUCUACUCUACACGCAGUGUUUAACGAGACGUAUGAGUCUACGCCCAGUUACCCUAUUAAUGGAUACGACGGCAUCCCAGUCGAACCGAAAACCCCUCUCUUCUCUCCGAAAGACAUCCUGAUCAUGACCAACGGCGAGUGCUCUUCAUCCUGCACUGUCUUUGCCGAGAUGAUGAGGAGCCUAGCAGGCGUGAAGACAUUGGCGUUCGGCGGCCGCCCACAGCAUGCAUCAAUGCAGGCAAUCGGCGGCGUCAAGGGCGGCGAAGAGAUGGAAUCGAGUACAAUCCGAAACUUGUACAACAAAGCCAACGACCUAGCUGAGGCAGCAGCCAAAGAUGGCAAGCCGAUUCUUUCCGAGAUGCAGCGUUUGCGCCUGAAGGAGCUGACUCCCGCCGCGGUUCCUCCUCUGUACUACUCUGGGAGCGUUAACUACCUCAACAAUUAUCGUCGCCAACAGCAGCAUAUCCCCCUACAGUUUAUCUACGAGCCGGCUGACUGCCGCCUCUUCUAUACCUACGAAAAUUACGCUCAUCCCGCCACCUCGUGGGCUUCUGCGGCGCGUGCCAUGUGGGGUAAUAACCGUUGUGUUGCAGUCUCCUAG